GGGGUCAGCCACUGACCAAGGAAACUGCUGCUGCAGUCAGCAGUUACUGGCCCAUUGGACCGGACUCAGACCCGUUCCUGGAGCGCGGCAUGAUCCAGUGACACGAGGCUCUGCCUGCUGAUUCACAUGUCUCACGCUAGGUGAGAUGACUGGGUUAACUGAAGGAUACAGUGUGUGAAGAGAGAGGAGCCUGCUGACACACCUGCUCCAUCCUCUGGACCCUGGAGCACCAGCUACUGUACAGAGAUCCUGACCAGCUGGUCCUGCUGCAGCCCAAAACAAGUGGUUGUUUCAGCACCUCGCCUCCAGCGAAUCACCUGAGGCAGAUACUCUUCCAACUGGGGAGAAGAUGGGCCCAGAAAUCUGGUUUUCGGAUUAGCAACUGACCCCCGGCAGACAUCUUGAAACAUGCUGAGUGCAAUGAUUUUCUUGCACACCAUCUUCCAGCCCCAAGAGUCCAUUGUCGACGCCUCCCAUCUAUCCGAGGAAUUUGGGCUUGAAGAUGGAGAUUUAGGAGCUGACUCCUCAGAAUGGUGCAAAGGAAGAAUACGUGGAUCUGACACAUCAAAUUCUUUCACCUCCAACUCAUGGCACGUUGUGGAAUUUGAGGACACCUACGUUGGUCAGAAGUCAUCGUUCCGAAGUGUUUGUGAAGGACAGAGCAAGGCUCGGAGAAGAGAGUCAGCGCCACCUAAAUAUAAUCAAGGAGACGUCUUGGAUGCCGUUGUAAGGAAAGGACAUAAUCAGUUGAAUUCGUGUUUCCCUGUGAAGUCUCACACCAGACAGUUUGGCUCGUGUGGGAUUCAGUCUUAUUUAGGGGAGAAAAACCUUGAGUCCGACUCACAGGCUUUUUCUCAGAGCCAGCACAAUGAGCUCUUGAGUGUCAAUGAUCAGCGCCAUCUUGAUGCCACGUCACCAUCAUCUUCAGACUCAACGGAGGAGAACGAAAAGUUACCAACUGAAGAAUAUGCAGACUUGGAGACAUGCUUGAAUUACGACCAGGAGACAAGUCACAAGACCAAUCUGGGAGGGGAAUCAGACCUACAGUGGAGGAACUGUGAUGUUCUUAUUCAGAAUGAGACAUAUGAAUCGCAAAAAAAUCUUUGUCCAUGGAGUGAUACACUAACGCCUGACCAAGAAUGGGAUGACAGGCAAUAUCGACAUACUGUACGACGAAACACUGAUGAGAAGACACUUCCUGUCCAAGAUCACAUUGACGCAAGAACUUUUUUGGGAUCUGAGCUGAGAGACUCUGCGUUUUCUACUGAAGCAGAUAUUUAUGAAUCAAGAAACUCAUCACUUGAUCCGCAUCAGAACCACUGUGGUGCAUAUCAAACACAAAUCGAUUCAUUAUCACGAAGGUUAGACAGUGGCCUUGGAAUUUCUCUGGAUGACUACUACGUGGAAAACUCGACAGAGAGGUCAAGUACACCUGGUGCUGUCCAUGAAAUUUUGUCCUCCAUCACAUUCUCCACAAAGACCGCAACAUCCUCUUUCUCAGAUGCAAGCACACCGUACCUGAGUUCCGCUCCGAAUGUCUCACCUGAACCUACGUCACGCAGACAAUCGGAAAGGCUUGGCCACAACCAAAAACAAGAAAAGGUGAGGAGGUGCGGAAAAGUGCCUCACUGGAAGCUGCCUAGCCAGUUCACGGAAGUGGACGCUCACUCAAGCCAGUACUCUGAGGAACACCUUCUAGACAAUCCUGUGAAAUCAUACACUUUCGAACCAGCAUUUGGUUCAAGCAGGACCAGAACAAAUGUAUCCUUGUCUGAGCACUUUGGAGGAAAGAAGGUUGAUUCUUGGAGAGCCCCCUGGGAUGAGGACCUGGAAGUGCGAGCCGAUAGCUCUGGUGGUGAUACGGGUGAUCCGCAAUCCCAGCGUGAGCCAGCCUUGGGCAGCGCAGAUCAGACAAUCCAAGAACUGAGUGGGCAUUUUUUUCAUCUCUCUGACUCAAACAACAACACGGAUGUUGAUACACAAGUGGUCGACAAAGUGGAGACGGACCACCAGAACUACUUAGGACUGACUAAUAGAACACUGUUAUCUAAAACUGCCACAAGACCUCAGAGGGUGUCUGCGGCGUUUCAAAAUUCAUUGGAUUAUAAACCCCACAGAAAAGAUCUGGAUUGCAUUUGUCAGGUGAACCAUGUGGAUGAGUUCACGGUGGCUAGUAGCUUGGUCACAGCUUUAGAAUCGAACGGUGCCAUUUCAGAAACAAAUCAAGCAGUAAUGAAUUUUCAACAGGAGCCUUGCGAGAUUUCAGAACUUGUGGAGGGAAGUAGGGGGCAUUCACAGGCUCCUGUUACGAACGGGCUGAAAUACUCCCAGCCUGAUAUCAUUCUGAGCGUGCAUUCAGCAAACAAUUUGGAGACCAUUUUAGAAGGAGAUCGUAUGGAUGAAAGCGGCAACAAAGACUAUAUGUCGGAUAAUCAUGUGGCAUAUUUGCAUCGCAAGAGUCCGCACACUGUGCCAGAGUGGGAAGAUGUGGCUCGAAUGUCUUUAAAUGCUGACUUUCAACCGUCAUUUGCGUCACAAAGCUGUUGCGAAGAGUUCCUCAGACCCUUAAGUGUCACCCCUGAUGCUGUUUCUUACUGCUCCACUAACAGCGAGGGCGAUGGGAUGGAUGAUGAUUCGGUGAUGAAGAAUAGUCAGCUGAAAUGUAACGAAGCUCAAAAUAAAUGCACCAAAUUUAUGGUAUUUAGAAAGAAAAGUUCUACUAAAAAAGCGAAGGGAUCUGAUCAGUCAAGGAGCAGCAAUGUAAGCCCUGAAUCCGGUGAGAGUCUUCUGUCUGAGCCAUGUCCUCUGGAGAGGAACUCGGACACUGACUGCUGUCUCCAAGAAGACAUCCUGAAGAGUGCAGAUGAGAUGCAUUACGAGGAUCAUGAGUGUGGCUUCUUAUCUUCAGCCUCAUGUCCAAUCUGCCAUUCAACCAACCAAGAGAGUGUAGCAGAGAGUUCUGAAGGCCCUGCUGAGAGCCUGCCCACGCAGGUCCGGCCACCCAAUGAACCCAUACGCAAAAGGAGUAAAAGCAACGAGAGUCUAAACAUCCGCAUGCGCUUUGCACAAGCACACAGGUCUCUUUCCAGCCUGUUCGAAUCUCGCUCAAUGGAUAAGGAGAAUGAGGCUCAGGGUAGCGUGAGGAAAACCAAGCAAUCGUGGAGGAGAUUAAGAAGAGCAAAGGAGGCAGAGCUUCUUCAAAGAACCACCUCAGAACCAGAGAGGGAGAGUUGUGACGUGGGAUACGACAAAGCCCCCUCACCAUUACUGGACAGGUCCAGCAACCCUGGCUCACCGUGCUCUCCCAGAACUCUUUGCUACACAGAUCCAAUCUCCAAGCGAGCGGCUCCACAGGAGGUUGGUAAAGAGAACUACCAUUGGUGCAAAUGUGUGAGUCAGAAAGUCAAAUGUUCAACUCAGAGCAUGACAUCCAUCAUGUCGUCCUCCGGUGGCUCAUUGUGUCUUGAGGAUUGUGUGGUCCCGCUGUCCAGUCACACGCGUCCUCGCUCUGCUACAUGCUGCCAUGCGUCGACAAAUGAGACCCUGGCUGAGACUCCUUUAAGGCCCAUGAGCCCAAAGCCUCACAGUCCGAGGCCGGUUUCCCAACGUAAGCUUUUUCGCUACCCUCACUCGAGGUCCUGCUCCGUGUCCCCCAUACUUCUAGGCCAAGCUUUGAGCAUAGACGGGCUGAUUGACCCUCCGGAGAGACCCAAGACUUUGAAACCCUCUUGUAGUCCUCUUGGUAUGAGUCUUUGCCCCUUGGAUGCCUCUGUCGACCGGAUCGUCGGCCAGUCUCACAUCAGCUUGUACCCCAGUGACUCCAUCACUGAAUUUGAGAAGGGCAACGCAAAACCUGUUGCGCAGCAGAGCGACCCUUCAGAGGUAAAGGGGAAGUUGCCUGUGGUGCUUGGGCUGCUGAAUGCCAACACCUGGGUGGGCUCGGGUUGUCAUGGAGGUCAGCUGCCAACAAGGAAGUGUUCGGAUGACCUGUGGAUCGAGGAGCAGAAGCGAUACAAACGGAAAUCCACCAGAGGGAGUCUGGGGCACAUCACCACACUUGAAAACAUGGCUAAAACUCCUGAUUUAACAUUUGGGGCGGUCGAGGACUUCGGGGGGAUUUCUCUCAAGACUCAGUGCAUCUCACAGAGCACACCUGUGGGUCUGGACUGCCUCGGGUGGAGAAGACACAUGGCUCCUCUCUCGGUGGUUGUUCCAGAGGGGUCAUCGGAAAAAUCUGGCGCCGGCGACGAGCUCGGCAGCGAUGAGGACUUCAUGUACGAAGAGUACCGCAGCUCCGUCCGUUUUGGAAAUCCGGGUGGAGGCGGAGGAGAGCAGCUCGCCAUCAAUGAGCUGAUCAGCGAUGGCAGCGUGGUGUACGCCGAGGCCCUGUGGGACCACGUCACCAUGGACGACCAGGAGCUGGGCUUCAAGGCCGGGGAUGUCAUCGAAGUAGUGGAUGCCACCAACAAGGAGUGGUGGUGGGGUCGGAUCAUGGACAGCGAGGGCUGGUUCCCCGCCAGCUUUGUGCGGUUGCGUGUGAACCAGGACGAGCCCAUGGAGGACUACUUAGCUCACUUGGAGGAGCCGCAGGCCGGACAGGAGGACCGAGAGGGCAUGGGCUUGAUUCUGGGACCUGGUUUACCCUGCAAGGAGCAGAUGAGGAGCAACGUGAUCAAUGAGAUCAUGAGCACAGAGAGAGACUACAUCAAACAUCUGAUGGACAUCUGCGAGGGUUACAUCAAACAGUGCCGCAAGAGGACGGACAUGUUCAAUGAAGAGCAGCUGCGCACCAUCUUCGGAAACAUCGAAGACAUCUACCGUUUCCAGAGAAAGUUCCUCAAAGUCCUGGAGAAGAAGUUCAACCGAGAGCAGCCUCAUCUCAGCGAGAUCGGCUGCUGCUUCCUGGAACAUCAAACAGAUUUCCAGAUCUACUCCGAGUACUGCAACAAUCACCCCAAUGCCUGCGUCCAGCUGUCCAAGCUCAUGAAGCUCAACAAGUACGUGUUCUUCUUCGAGGCCUGUCGCCUCCUGCAGAGGAUGAUCGACAUCUCGCUCGACGGCUUCCUGCUCACACCCGUGCAAAAGAUCUGCAAGUACCCGCUGCAGCUCGCCGAGCUCCUCAAGUACACCAACCCUCAGCAUAGGGACUACAAAGACGUGGAGGCCGCCUUAAACGCCAUGAAGAACGUGGCCCGGCUCAUCAAUGAGAGAAAACGCCGCCUGGAGAACAUCGACAAGAUCGCGCAGUGGCAGAGCUCCAUUGAGGACUGGGAGGGGGAGGACGUGCUCAGCAGGAGUUCUGACCUCAUCUUCUCCGGGGAACUGACCAAACUGUCCCAGCCUCAGGCCAAGAGUCAGCAGAGAAUGUUCUUCCUUUUUGACCACCAGAUGGUGUAUUGUAAAAAGGACCUCCUGCGUCGGGACAUCCUCUACUACAAGGGCCGCAUGGACAUGGACCACAUGGAGGUGAUCGACGUGGAGGACGGCAAAGAGAAGAUCUUCAACAUCAGCGUGAAGAACACGCUGAAGCUGCGCUCGCUCAGCGGGGACGAGGUUCACCUGCUGUGCGCCAAGAAGCCGGAGCAGAAACAACGGUGGCUCCGAGCUUUCGCCGACGAACGGAGGCAGGUCCAGCACGACCGGGAGACAGGCUUCUCUCUCACCGAGGUCCAGAAGAAACAGGCCAUGCUGAACGCCUGCAAAAGCCAUCCAUCCGGGAAACCCAAAGCGGUGACCCGACCCUACUACGACUUCCUCCUGCGGCAGAAACACCCGUCCCUCCCCUCGGCGUUGCCCCAGCAGCAGGUCUUCAUGCUGGCCGAGCCCAAGCGCAAGACCUCCACCUUCUGGCACAACAUCGGCCGCCUGACGCCCUUCAAGAAGUGAUCCCGGCGGAGGAGCUUCCUGCUGGUGCCUGAACAGAACCUUUAUAUUCGAUUUCUUUUCUUUCCUACUCAUAACCUAAUAUAUACAGAUUUAUAGUGUGGAUGAGCUGGAGAUCUAUUUUUGAAAGCACUUUAUAGGUUGGUUAACAAUCACUGAGAGAAGGAGGAGGAGGAGGAGGAGGACUUUCUACUUCUGGUACUUCUAACACUGCUGCGGGACUGUGCUGCCUCAGCGCCGGACGUCUUCUUGACUUUUCUCUUUGGAUUGGAAAGAUGCCAACUUGUUCACAGUGCCAGGUCCUUUGUAUGAGUUCCUUGUCCGCUUCACAUAAGGGAAAUUUGGGGGCAGUGAUGUUGUGUCUGUGCAGAUUUUUUUUUUGUUUAAUUCAUCCACUGGUUCCACGGUUUUGUACAAACGCUUGAUAUGCUGCACAAAGAAGAACCUGCUGGCUCCAUUUACCCUCCUGCACGUGGGAAACAGCCUCACGUCUGAGCACCUGUGUGGACGCCACGCACAGCCCUCCACUCAUGCCUCACAAGCCUCCAGCAUCCGCCACAGGAUUGGUUGUUUGAGUUGACCGUCCCUGUCCUUGCUUCUGACCUUCAGCUUCAUUCACUACGAUACAGAUGUUGAUGGUCCCUUCAGCCUGAAAUGUCUGGAACUGCUGAGCUCGGCAUUUCUGUUCCUCAACCGUUUACAUGCGCCCCCUGUUGGUGAGCAAGGGUUAGUGCUCUAUUACUUCUAAAAAUAAAAGUCGUGUCAUUUGAAUUCAAUAUUCUUGAAACGUUGACUAAUAAGAGCAGUAUGUGAGAGAAAGAAUUUGGACCUUUCACUCUGAAUGUUGCGUUCACAAGUGGACAGCAGGCGGUGAUGAACCCCACUUGGUCUCCUGACAAAUGAGAUAUGCCCCUUCACUUCUGACAAUUGUCUCAACUCAUGGUGGCUUCAUGAAGCUCCGUGAGUCAUUGCCAUUGGCAGAGGGUGGAGCUUCUUGCUCAAGAUCCAAGCUAAUAGAGCGAAGAGCGCCCUGUUUUGAGCUCUGAAAGAAAAGAAAAAGGGAGGCAGGUUUUCUUCUUGACAUGUCCCUCCGACUUGGACUAGAGGGCACUUGUGGACACACCUAUGGACAAUUUAGAGUCACCACUAUGGACUGUGGGGGGAAACCAGAGUGCCCAGAGGAAACGCUCCGUGCUGAGAUGAAAGUCUUCUGCCCUGAAAAAUGUAAACAACAUUAACUUGUCAAAUCCUCUUGGUCGGCGAUGACUUCACCUCACGUUGUGUUGUUGCUGUCGUGAGCCACAGGAGGGCGACUGGACCAGAGGAGCCACAUUUAGUUUCUCCACACACUCUUGAGUUCCGCCAUGUCCAUGAACGUUCUUAACAUUUUUUUUUAUUUUGUGUGUGCGGAUGACUAACGAUGCAUGGAUGUGACUUAAAAAAAAAAUACUGUGAAGAGCUUUUUGUUUUCAAAGAACACACGGAUGAGCCCUGAUAUAUCACGCAGUUCCAGGACUAUAUAGUAUCCAUUGUGCUAUCUAACACACUCACACUCCUGACUUGUACUUCUCCAGUUUCCAGUAUUCCUGCUCGGUGUAUACAACCUCCAGUAAUCUCCAUUCCACAUCAGUGCCGCCUAGUGGAAUGGCUCCGUAAGUGCAUUCUGUGAAAUGUACUCACCUUUCUGUUUCAAAUGAGUAAUAAACAUUCCUGCACUGGCUACGGCAGACAUCA